AUGGAAGUCCAACACACAUUGUCAACGCAUGACCGGCUCACCGUCACAGGAUCACCAGCAGUAACAGCAGCUCCACCCAUCGGAGCGGCAUCCCUGACGGCGCAAGCAGCAACGGCAGAUGUCACGUCGGCACCUGAUGUUCCCGCAUUAACAGUCGCAUCAUUCGCUGAAACCGCAGCGCGAACGGGCGAGGGUGGCGCGGAUCUAGCGAUUUUCACAACAGGAGACGCGGAAGCAGAUGGAGCGGGAAACGACGCGAGCGGCGAGCAUCCUUCGAUGUCGCAUCCCUCCUUGGAGCACCCGUAUGCGGAAUUCGCCGCCAAUGGCUCCUUCCCUCCCCACGCGUCGACCGCGCCGACGCGGCUCGUAAACAUGCCGUCUUACGUCAACUUCAUCCGAUCGGAUCUCGCGCCGCGGCCGGACACGCAGCGUGCGCCCGUGAUUCGUGUGCAUCCGACGGUGUUCGAGGCGCUGCACGCGCUGCGCGAAGGGCUGCAGCUGUGCCGGCCCGCGAACCGCGUGAGCAUCAGCGACGUGAUCGACCACUUCCUGUGCUGCUCCGCGGAAGAGGUCGACCGGCUGCUGGAGCGCCGCGUUAAACACCGCCGCCAGAUGCUAGCUCUGGUGCAGCAGCAGCAGCAGCAGCAAGGGCAGGGACAGACGCAGGGACAGGGACAGGCGCAGGGCGAGGAGCAAGGGCAGGGUCUAGGACAGGGGCCGGGGCAGGAUGGCCAGCUGGCAGUUGCCCAGCAAAUGGAUGGCGGACACGUGGCAGUGCAGCAGGAGCAGGCGGGGCAGGGUGGGGAGGGUGAGGCAUUUCCUCCCAGGAGUGUUGCUGCCGGUUACCCGUAUUCGUACUCGGCACUCAUUCCCCCCAUGGUGCAACCCGAGCAGCAGAGGCGCAAGCGGCUGCGGCGGCACGUGCAGCCCCCCGCGACUCAGAGGAAGCUGCUGCAGCUGCUGCAGCAGCAGGAGCAGUUCCACCCCGGCCCUGCCCCACUGCAGCAGCCCUUGCCUUUCCUACACCAGCACCCACCAGUUGCUGAUGCAGCCUCUAGUGUCCCUUAG